CCCCCAAACUGGCUAUAGUUUCCUGUUCAAGCAGCAAACCACACACAAACCCUGCCGGCAUCAUGUCAAGAUGCAACGCUGUUUCAUGGGUACAACUCAUCUGCCUCUCCGGCAUGCUAUGCAAAGGAGUUUUGUCCUUGGAUCAUGUGCCAAUGCUGCUUUGGUCGACACACAGAUCCUUCCAAGGCUUGGCAACCACUUUACAUGAAGGACAUGUUAUCUCAAAGCAUGAGCUGCAUGCAUUGCUGAAGCAAGCUCUGGCUUCUCCAGAUCCCAGAAACGUCGCCCUGUUUCUUCAAGAUGCGCUUAGUGUGGAUGACUUCACACGUUACGCCGGCUCCUCUGGAAAUGAGACGCCGUUUCGCAAUGUUCAGGAACUUCUGAAGACUUCAUCAUCUUCCUUAGUCUUGCCGGCUGUGGACUGCCAUGCUGUGAAUCACCUUUCAGGGUACCUCCAAGAAACGCUGAACUGGGCCUUGGUAAAUGUAGACGGCAAAGAUACACCACAGCUGAUGGUGAAUGGAUCCAAACCCAAUGUGUUUGUGAUAAAACUACCACUGACCAGCAGGGCAAAUGACCUAUCCACUCGAAAGGAGCUCCUGGAAAAUGACAAAAUAAUGGGAGAGUUUACUAAGUCUAUGCAGCAACAAGGAAUUGAGUCUGUGGCCAUUUAUACAGCAAGGCGACCUUCAAAGGUACCAGUGGGACCUGAUGUAGCCUGGCAGAGCAGAAGGCACCUAAUGUCUGUUGAAAACCAAGGAGCUAAUCUCUAUGCCCCAAUAAACAUAACCAGUGGGACAGGCCCCAAUGCCACGUGCAUCCUUUUUUAUGCCACAGAUUUAAACUUUACAGCCGGUGGCACUGUCAUGAAUCUAACACAUCGCACAUUUGAAUCUCACGAAGUGGAUACCAGCGAUUCCGUUUGUUUGGAGACCAAUGCCACGUUGUCGUUAAAAUACACCAACCCAGUGAAGGGCAUUGAGAAUCUGACAAUCAGUUUUGUGAUGACCAACAAGGACUAUGUAGGCUCUGCUCGAAAGUGGUUCACUUUAGAUUUUGUUCACAUUGAACAAGACAACAAGGAAAUGGCUAUAUUUACUGCCCCCUCCAUCUCUGGUCCUGCGGAGUAUUCAUUCCAUUGCCAGCAGGUGGGAACAAGCGACCAUUAUGGGGCAACGUUGACUCCCUACAAUGAUGCAGCGAAAGAGUGGCAGGUUGUCAUCUCUGAGUUCCAGAUUCAAGCGUUUAACGUUGAAGGCCACAAAUUUUCCUACGCCAGUGACUGCACAACCUUCUUCACCCCUGGAAUUUGGAUGGGCUUGGUGACCUCGCUAGUCUUGUUGCUGAUCCUGACCUUUGGGAUCCACAUGAUUGUGAACCUCACAACCAACAAUAGGUUCGAUGACCCCAAAGAUCAACCUCUGUCAGUCCCGCAAGGAGAAUAGCUGCUGAGAAAGAUGUGACGUUUGUCACGUGGUUGGGCCCUGCUGCGCAAGACAUCAUCAUCAUCAUCUUCAUCAUCAUAGCCAGCUGCAGGGCAUCCAAACUGGAUCAGGUCCAUGGCAUGACGGGGGUGCUACUCUAAUCCUUUUCUCCACUCCAUUCUAUUGAUGGAAAUCCUUUCCGUCUCCUUCCCAUGGGAGAAAAGUUCCAGUAGCAUCAAACUGGAGAUUUUCUCCCAUUGUGAAUAGCGGGUGAGACCCCCUAAAUAUGAUCAGGCCACAGCAUGGGGCAGGGGGAAAGGAUGAAAGGCCCACCCUUCUUCAAAUCAUAGAAUCGUAAAACUGUAGAGUUGGAAGGGACCCACAGGGUCAUCUAGUCCAUCCCCCUGUGAUGCAGGAAUCCUGCUCACACCCAUUCCUGGGUGGGCUCAAACCACCAAACUUCUUGUUAAAAGAUGCACUGACCCUUUGCACCACAGGAGAGCUCUGUCAUGUCUGCAACCCAGCUAAGCCCUCCUACAUCAGCUAAUUGCCCCCCGGGGCUAACCAUGUGCCACAUCUCAGUAUCAUACCAUGUUAAACAGUCAUGGCUUCCGCUAAAGAAUACUGAGAGCUGUACAGUCAUACCUUGGUUCUCGAACAGAAUCUGUUUAGGAAAACAUUUAAAAAAUCCUGCACUCAAUCAGAAGCCACAUCGAACGUUUGGCUUCCAAAAAACGUUCACGAACCGGAACACUUCCAGGUUUGCAGCAUUCGGGGGCCAAAACUAUUGAGUACCAAGGCAUUCAAGAACCAAGGUAUGACUGUAGUUUGUAAAGGGUGCUGAGAGUUGUUAGGAAACCUCAAUUUGCCUCAGAGAGCUACAAUUCUCAGAGUGGUUUAACAGUCAAUCCCUUUUCCCAGGGCAUUCUGGGAAUUGUAUCUCUGGGAGGGGAGUAGGGGGUCUCCUAUCAAUUCUCAGCAUCCACAACAGUUCCUAGGACUCUGUGGGGGAAGCCAUGGCUGUUUAAUGUGGUCUAAUCUGUUUAAGAGACACAGGUGGCGCUGUGGUCUAAACCACCGAGCCUCUUGGGCUUGCCGAUCAGGUCGGUGGUUCGAAUCAGCGCGAUGGGGUGAGCUCCCAUUGCUCUGUCCCAGCUUCUGCCCUAGCAGUUUGAAAGCACACCAGUGCAAGCAGAUAAAUAGGUACCUCUGCAGCGGGAAGUUAAACAGCAUUUCCGUGCGCUUUGGCUUCCCUCACGGUGUCUUGCUGUGCCAGAAGCGGUUUAGUCAUGCUGGCCACAUGACCCAGAAAGCUGUCUGUGGACAAACGCCGGCUCCCUCGGCCUGAAAGUGAGAUGAGCGUUGCGCCCCAUAGUCACCUUUGACUGGACUUAAGCAUCCAGGGGGCCUUUACCUUAAUGUGAUAUGAGACUGCUAUGAAUGCAUAGUGCAUGUACUUAGGAGAACUGUGAACUUCAACUGCAUUAAUGCAGCAGGAAGCAUAGACAAAAUCAAUAAAAGGUGUAAGCUUUUGUGGCAAUGGAAUCUUUUCCUGAAAACAGGAGGCUGUUGGCAGCAGUGUUAAUUCUGUCAGCUGUUCAUUACUUCUUUUUUAAUCACUGCCUAAAUGAAAGCCCUCAGGUAAAGCAGAAACCACUCGCAGAUGUUGCCAGCCUUUAAGAAGACUGGUAGGUCGUGCCAGGAGCUUCACAAAUGAUUAAAAAAUCGAAACACUCUUUUGGAUACAGUUUGCUAAAUAAAGCUUCAUUAAGAAAUUCCAUAUCCUUGAGACAUUUUUAAAGGUGGGAUAAAAAUGUUUCAAUACAUAGAAAAGACUUACAAUACAAACAAACACAAGCAUUUCCUCUAUCAGAUAAAGUACAGGGAAAUGACCCUCAGAUUAAACAAACAAAGGAAUGGACAAUAAUCCCUAGUUGGCUCUAAGAGAAUAUAAUUAGUGCAUCUACUAAACCAGGCAUCCCCAAACUGCGGCCCUCCAGAUGUUUUGGCCUACAACUCCCAUGAUCCCUAGCUAACAGGACCAGUGGUCGGGGAAGAUGGGAAUUGUAGUCCAAAACAUCUGGAGGGCCGAAGUUUGGGGAUGCCUGUACUAAAUGGCUUGCGCAUGAGAAAGUUGGUCAUACAUUACACCCACCCACCCAAUUAUUAUAAAGAAUAAACUACACAUUGCACUAAAUACAUCACAUGCGACUGUGUUUUUUAUUUAAUUUGAUUUAAUUUAUUUAAUUACAGAUGUGGUUUUCAGAGGGAGCAGCAUGUGGGGAGGGGAAUUUAAAACCUUCUCUAUCUAGUUGUGAUCCUGUCAAAAACUGGCUCCCUUCUGUGAUGAUGAGGCUUAGAAACGAAGUUCCCAUUGGCCUGCAGGGGGUGGUUUUAUUGCUGGGGAAGGAAACUUCUUGCAUACUGUUGGUCUGAGGAAAGUCCCCCUGUGCCUGUAAUUAAACGAAGCAGAUCCUAGUUGCUCACUGCAUAAUAAAAGUAACUUUUGAAUGGAGAUUUCCACGACUGGGCUUUGUCCUUAACUAUUUUCCUUAGCAUAUUUGGUCUAUGCUGAACCUUUGCUUAAUGUACAUUAUAUUGAAAAUUCUGGUGUAAAAAUAAAGUCAUAAAUAUCAUA